AGUCAGCUCUUUAAUCUCUGCAGUGACCACAGUGCAAGGCCAGUCUGUGCAGAGGAGUGUUCCUGCUGUGGACUAGAGGGAGCACUUGAACCAGACUUAGCGUUUCCUAAGCUGCCAGGGGACACAUUCAGAGUUCAACUCUGACACCAGAAGACUCUUUUCUUUCAGGAUUUGGGUCCUCUACUGCUCCAGCCAUGGGGUCCUCCUCUUCCACAUCCUCUAAUAGAAAGGGUUGCGAUUUGGCCUCCAGCUUUGACAACUUUUUUAAGAACUUCAAGGUGGAAAGCAAAAUCCUCUCUCAGGAAACCGUCACAUUGAUUCAAUCAUGCCUGAAGGAGGGGGACCUUCAGAGAGCAGUUUCUGCAAUUAGUGAUGCAUUGAGAGACAUUGACAAUGCCACACUGAGCAUUGCUGUGACUGGGGAGUCUGGGACAGGAAAGUCCAGCUUCAUCAAUGCCUUGCGGGGUUUGGAGCAUGAAGAAGAAGGGGCUGCCCCCACUGGGGAACUGGAAACAACUUUUGAGAGAACCAAAUAUGAACACAAGAAGUUUCCCAAUGUGACAUUAUGGGACCUGCCAGGCAUAGGGACCACUAACUUUCAGCCUCAGAAGUAUCUGGAGAAAAUGAAAUUUGGUGAGUAUGACUUCUUUAUUAUCAUCUCUUCUACACGCUUCAAAAGCAAUGAUGCACAUCUAGCAAAGGCAAUUAGAAAAAUGAACAAGAAUUUCUACUUUGUCCGAUCUAAAGUGGACAGUGAUUUAUAUAAUCUAAAAAGGAGUAAACCCAACACAUUCAAUAAGGAUGAAAUCCUGCAAAGGAUCCGCAAUGACUGUGUGACUCAGUUGCAGAAUGCCAAAGUGAGAGACCCUCAGGUCUUCUUAGUCUCCAACCUCGAGUUGUCUGACUAUGAUUUCCAAAGCCUGGAGACCACCCUUCUGAGGGACCUCCCAGCCCACAAGCGCCACAUCUUCAUGCAAUACCUGCCAAAUAUUACUGAGGCCGCCAUUGACCAGAAGAGGGAUUCCCUGAGACAGAAGGUCUGGUUGGAGGCCCUGAAGGCUGGAGCAUCAGCCACCAUCCCUUUCAUGGGCUUGAUCAGUGAUAAUGAUGUGGAGAAGCUGGAGGAGACCUUAACCCUCUACAGGUCUUACUUUGGGCUGGAUGAUGCAUCCCUGGAAACCAUGGCCAAGGACUUUAACAUGUCAUUGGAGAAACUCAAGGCAAACCUUAGUUCUCCCCACUUGCUAUCAAUUGAAAAGGAUGAUGAAUCGUUAGGAGAAAAACUGUUAAGAUAUGUGGAAAAAUUCUGCUCUGUUAAUGGAGGACUCAUUGCCACUGGUCUUUACUUUAGGAAGAUUUUCUACUUGCAAAACUAUUUCCUUGAGACUGUGGUGAGUGACGCAAAAGUUUUUUUUAAAAAAGAAGAGAUUUUUAAGGACCUUGUGGGCUCUGGGCAAACCUAUCCACUUCAUAAUGUAGGGAAUGAAAAUGGGAAAAGUGAGGCAGCCAGCUCCUGAAUUAUUCUCAGUGUUGGUAUGGCAUUGGUGCCUAGAAAAUUGAGUUAGGACUUCCCUUGAAACAAUACUGACCCACUGCCCUCAAGGUGUUUCACAGACAUUUCCAUAAUUCACUCUUGAACAAACCAUGAAUUUAAUGACUGUUACUUAACAGUGAAAGCAAUCAGCUCUAAAGAAUCCUUUGAUAUGAUCCUUCCUAGGAAAAUAAAGGACAAGAAUCGAGUUUUCUGCUCAUGGGAGAGAAUAACACUUUGUGUCAUUGUUACUGUAUAGCCAGCACUGGUCUUUCUACUGACAUAGUAGUAAAAAAAUCUACUGUUUACACAGUAGAUCCUCAAAACUGAUUUUUAAAUAAAUGGAUACAUAGUCUAUUUUUGGCAUUCCUGUCAUUCUUUUGUGAAUGCAUAAAUUCUGAUCAUUAGUAGAUCAUCAAUUAAUGUGACUGAUAAUCCUCCUUGUCCUUUCCAGAGUUAUCAUUUUAUUUAAAAGCAUAAAAGAUAGCUGAACAUGUGCCACAGGAAAUGAAAGGGAAACAUUAGCUAAGGAAAAACUUUAUCUGGGGUACUUUGUGAGAGGGACAAGUGUCUAAGAUAGAAAAAUAGUCCAAGGUUUGCAUAUUGUAGGUCUAGACACUCCUUGGCUGCUAUCAGUGUAUUUGGUGCCUGAACUUGAGAGGUUAGGGAAUAACAGACAAGAGGAUUUUGAUAAAUCUAAGUGGAAAUUUUAAAAAUGCAAAAGGUAUUUAAAUAUAUGCAAUCCUCCAUCUAAUAAGGGAAAUGCAAAUUAGGAAUGACAUCUACACAAAAAUAUCCUUUAU